AUGUCUCUUACCGUUCGGCACCACCCCCGCGUCGAACUACGGGCUCACCUACGAAACUCUCCUUUUGCCAAAAUGCCCAGACCCAAGGACCCAGCUCCUAAAAUCUGGUGCUUCUACUCCAAGCCCUUGCUGCAGCAACCAAAGGCUGAAGUCAAACCAAGGACACCCUUGCCGAACGGCAAGGGCCGUGGAAACCCGAAGAAAAGGCUCACCAAGGUCACAGCUCCAAUCCACAGGCCUAGCUCCCAACUUGGCGGGGCUAUGCAAAAAAUCCGAACAACACCAACCAGAUUUCGACGCAGGCAGCUUCGAAACCCAGCUCUCGCCGACGACACCCCAGCUCUUGCAGAAGCUCUGGCCGAACAGCUGCCUUAA